AUGGGUACUAAAAGCUUUUUAGGGUGUGUCUUCCUGACUCUCCUUCUCAACCUCUGCCAGGCUGGGCUGGUGAGAAAUUUACUUAGGCAUAAACGGGCGACCUUGACCACCCCUGGCGGAAACAAUGUGACCCUGACCAGCGCUGACCAACCAGUGGUCUUCAACCACGUCUACAACAUCAACGUCCCUUCCGGCUCACUAUGCUCAGUGGACCUGGAUGCCCUAGGAAGCACCAGCCUCAAGCCCCAGGACGCAGCUCCACCUUCAGGCCUCCGCACCACCGAACAUACCCUGGAUGGGCAGAACCAGAUAGUUUUCACUCACCGCAUUAACAUUCCUCAGCAGGAGUGUGCAUGCACUGAUGGGCUCCCGGAUCUGAAGGACCUCCUGAGCAGAUUGGAGAUGCUGGAGGGAGAGGUGUCCACGCUGAGAGAUCAAUGCGCUAGUGGAGACGCUGGCUGCUGCAGCGUUCAGCCAGUCACAGGUGAGGUGGGGACCAAGCCUUAUUGCAAUGGCCGUGGCAACUACAGAGCUGACACCUGCGGUUGCAUUUGCGAGCCUGGCUGGAAGGGACCCAACUGCACCGAGUCUGAAUGCCCCAACAACUGCCAGGACCAAGGUCGCUGUGUGGAUGGGAAGUGCGUCUGCUUUGAGGGCUUUGGCAGGGACGACUGUUCACUCAAGGUUUGCAAAGUGGACUGUGGUGGGAACGGACAAUGUAUUGGUGGGGUCUGUGUCUGUGCCAAGGGUUACACUGGAGAGGACUGUUCUCAGACAGACUGCCUGAACAACUGCCUAGGCCAUGGAAAGUGUGUGGACGGGGAGUGUGUGUGUGAAGAGCCCUGGACGGGCUACGACUGCUCCGAACUCAUCUGCCCCAAUGACUGCUACGACCGCGGCCGCUGCGUCAAUGGAACCUGCUACUGCGAAGAAGGAUUCACCGGGGUGGACUGUGGGGAGAAAACCUGCCCAAGCGACUGCCUGGGAAAUGGUUUCUGUGUGGACGGCCAGUGUGUCUGCAGCGCUGGCUACACUGGAGAGGACUGCUCUAAGCUCACCUGCCCCAGUGACUGCAACGAUAGAGGUGUCUGCUUUAAUGGAAUGUGUAUCUGUAAUGCUGGCUACCAAGGAGAGGAUUGUAGCCAGCUGGCUUGCCCCAACAACUGCCAUAACAGGGGACAGUGUGUCAACGGGCAGUGCGUCUGCAAUGUAGGCUACCAGGGAGAGGACUGUUCUGAGCUCUCCUGCCCCAACAACUGCCAGGACCAAGGUCGCUGCGUGGAUGGGAAGUGCUGUGUCUGCAGCGCUGGCUACACUGGAGAGGACUGCUCUAAGCUCACCUGCCCCAGUGACUGCAACGAUAGAGGUGUCUGCUUCAAUGGCAUGUGUAUCUGCAAUGCUGGCUACCAAGGAGAGGAUUGUAGCCAGCUGGCUUGCCCCAACAACUGCCAUAACAGGGGACAGUGUGUCAAUGGGCAGUGCGUCUGCAAUGUAGGCUACCAGGGAGAGGACUGUUCUGAGCUCUCCUGCCCCAACAACUGCCUCAACCGGGGCCGCUGUGUCAACGGACAGUGUGUGUGCGAUGAAGGGUUCGGUGGUGAGGACUGCAGCAUCAAGAUCUGCCCCUCAGACUGCUAUGGCAGUGGAGAUUGUGUGGAUGGCCGGUGUGUCUGCUAUGCUGGCUUCACCGGUGAGGACUGCAGCGAGCUGAGCUGCCCCAACAACUGCCUGAACCGCGGACGCUGCGUUGACGGGCAGUGCGUCUGCGACGAGGGCUUUACAGGGGAAGACUGCACUGAGAAGCACUGUCCCAAUGACUGCCUGGACAGGGGAUACUGCGUGGAUGGCAAAUGUGUCUGCCUGGGGGGCUAUGCGGGUGUCGACUGCUCUGAACUCACCUGCCCUGAUAACUGCAACAACAGGGGGCACUGUGACAUGGGCCGCUGUGUGAAUGGACAAUGUCUCUGUGAUGAGGGAUACAUCGGAGAAGACUGCUCAGAAGUUUCACCUCCAAAGGACCUGACUGUAACAGAGGUCACCACCGAGACAGUGGAUCUGACCUGGAACAACGAGAUGCUGGUGACAGAGUAUCUGAUUGCAUAUGUGCCCACUAGUCCUGGGGGUCUGUACCAGGAGUUCAGAGUGCCCGGAGACAAGACUGCUGCCACAGUCAGCGAGCUGGAGCCCGGCAUCGAGUACCUGAUCAACGUCUAUGCCAUCCUCAGCAACAAGAAGAGCAUCCCAAUCAGCGCCAGGGUGGCCACAAAUCUACCAGAGCCAGAUGGCUUGAAGUUCAAAUCGGUGAGGGACACCUCAGUAGAGGUGUUGUGGGAUCAGCUGGACAUUCCCUUUGAUGCCUGGGAGCUCUAUGUCCGUAACACGAAAGAGGAGAAUGGGAAGAUCCUGACAACCCUUCCAUCCUCCCAGACUAUGUAUGAGCAGUCCGGGCUUGGUCCUGGUCAGGAGUACGAGGUCUCAGUGGGCAUCAUCAAGAACAAUACCAGAGGACCUCAGUCUACUAAAAUCAUUACCACCAGGAUUGAUGGCCCCAGACAGGUAGAGGUGCGUGACGUGACGGACUGCUCAGGCUUGGUCACCUGGUUCCAGCCCGUGGCCCAGGUGGACGGUGUCACUGUGUCCUAUGGCCCCAGCUCCCAGCCCACAGAGAGGACCAGCGUGGACCUUUCCACCUCAGACAAACAGUAUAGCAUCGACAGCCUCAGCCCAGACACUGAGUACCAGGUGUCCCUGAUCUCAAGGAGGGGAGACACCACCAGUGAGCCAGUCUCUGAGAUAUUCACCACAGACCUGGACGCCCCCAAGGACCUGCAGCCCCUGGGCCAGACAGACGACAGCGUCACACUGGAGUGGAGAAACAGCCGGGCAGAUGUUGACAGCUACAGGGUGAAGUACAGCCCCAUCUCUGGGGGUUCCCAUGGCGAGGAGGUGUUCCCCCGUGGGUCAGGAGACAACACUCAGGCCACCAUCACUGGAAUGAAACCGGGUACAGAAUACGGGAUUGGUGUGACCGCAGUGAAGAACGAGAGGGAGAGCCUUCCUGCCACUACAAACGCAGCCACCGAUCUCGAUGGGCCCAAGGACUUGGAAGUGAGCGAGUCCACAGAGACAAGCAUGAACCUGGUGUGGAGGACACCCAGAGCCAAGAUCACCAUCUACAGGCUGGUGUACAUCUCCAGGGACGGUCGAAGGGAGGAGGUGGAGGUCCCUGGAACUGCCACCACCUACGUCCUGAACAACCUGACCCCCGGCAUGCUGUACACCAUUACCCUGGUCGCUGAGAGGGGCUCAAAGAAGAGCACACCCGUAACCCUGUCCGCAUCUACAGAGGACCUGAGGCCUGUGGUGGCCAACCUCACAGUCUCUGACGUGACAUGGGACAGCUUCAAUGUGUCCUGGACUCCCGAGGACGGGGAGUUUGAGAGCUUUGUCAUUGAGGUGACAAACUUACAGGAAGGUUUAGAGAGCGAGAACCUCACCUUGUCUGGUGAUGCCUUCAGCCUGGGCAUUUCUGGCCUGAGUCCUAACACCUCGUAUAGGAUUGGCCUGUACGGGCUCCACAAGGGCUCCUUCCAGGAGCCGGUGUAUACCGAAGUCACUACAGGCCUGGGUGCUCCAAGGGGCAUCCGCUUCUCUGAGGUGACCGAGUCCUCGGCCAUAGUCCACUGGACCAUGCCUCGUGCCAGAGUGGACAGCUACCGCAUCAUCUAUGUGCCCCUCCAAGGAGGUAGCCCAAUGACAGUGCUAGCGGAUGGGACUGAGACCCAGGCCUUGCUGCCUAACAUGUUGCCAGGGGUGACCUACCAGGUGACCAUAUUCUCCAUGAAGGGCCUGGAGGAGAGUGACCCAGGGAUAGACACCAUCACCACAGCUCUGGACAGGCCUCAGGGUCUUUCUGCUGUCAACGUCACUGACACGACCGCCCUGCUGCUAUGGCAACCCACUCGGGCCACUGUCGAUGGCUACGUCAUCACCUACAGUGCAGAUUCAGUGUCCCCAGUGAUGGAGCAUGUUUCUGGGAACACAGUGGAGUUUGAGAUGGGCUCUCUGGUCCCUGCCACCCAUUACACAGUUGGGGUAUACGCCAUGAGGGAGGCACUGAAGAGUGCCACCACCACCACCGAAUUCACCACAGAUGUGGAUUCUCCUCGUGACCUGGCAGCCAGUAACGUCCAGACAGACAGUGCCACUCUCACUUGGAAGCCCCCGCGUGCCGACAUCACCGGAUACGUCCUCACCUUCACCUCAUCUGACAGCACAGUCCGGGAAGUGGUUCUGAGCCCUACAGCCACAUCAUACAGCAUGACUCAGCUGAGUGGCACUACCGACUACAACGUCAGGCUACAGGCCAUCGCUGGAGCCCAGCGGAGCCGCCACGUCACUACCGUCUUCACCACCAUCGGAGUGUUGUACAGAUACCCUAAGGACUGCUCACAGGCUCUGCUGAAUGGAGACACCACCUCUGGCAUCUACACCAUCUACGUGGGAGGAGAAGAGAGCCAGCCCAUCCAGGUCUACUGUGACAUGACCACCGACGGAGGUGGAUGGAUGGUGUUCCUGAGGCGCCAGAGUGGAAAGCUGGAGUUCUUCAGGAACUGGAAGAAUUACACUGGUGGCUUUGGGGACAUUAAUGGUGAAUUCUGGUUUGGUCUAGCCAACCUCCACAAGAUGACAACAGCAGGCCAGUACGAGCUGCGUGUGGACCUGAGGGACAACGGGGAGUCGGCCUAUGCUCAGUAUGACAAGUUCACGAUCGCAGAACCCCGUAGCCGCUACAAGAUCCACAUAGGAGGGUUCAGCGGCACAGCAGGUGACUCUAUGACUUAUCACCAGGGCCGGCCCUUCUCCACGUAUGACAAUGACAAUGACAUCGCUGUCACCAACUGUGCCCUGUCCUAUAAGGGUGCCUUCUGGUACAAGAACUGCCAUCGUGUCAACCUUAUGGGAAGAUAUGGUGACAAUAGUCACAGCAAGGGUAUCAACUGGUUCCAUUGGAAGGGACACGAGCAUUCAAUACAGUUUGCCGAAAUGAAGAUUAGACCAGUCAACUUCAGAAACUUUGAAAGUCGAAGGAAAAGAUCAUAG